AUGGCUACACCUGACAUAUCCGCCUUCUCAUGCAAAGGCAUAGACAUUGGUAUUAAGAAGUACCAGCCCUGGACAAAUUGCAAAGCAGCUGCUGCAUUCCUCGCACCAUGGGUCGACCACAAAACCGUCAACAUGACAGAUCUCGUGACCUAUCUCAAGUCAUUUGGCGGCACAGAUAUUCCUGAGUGGAAAGCGAUGAACUGGUUCUUCUGCGCAAAGGAGUGUGCUAACAAGGAGAUGAAUGAGUGGCUGAUCCAUAAGCCUAUGAAAGAAUGUAAGGAUGAAAUGUGCGAGGUUUGGGAGUGGGAUGGCAAUGCUGACAUUGUUGGCAUUGGGAUGAUGUUUGUUUACUUGAUGGGUGCUAUUCUCGCCAGUCUCUACGCCGCAUCGUUUUUGAGCAGUAUGUAUGACGAGAACGACUGCACCACGUUCAAAACUCGAUCCCCGUCGAAGGAACAAAGUGUCUGGGACAAGAUCCGCAGCAUGUUUUACAACAGCCUCGGCGCGUUCCACACUGGCUUAGGCCUUUUAUCGGCUUCCGUCCUCCUCGCUACUCUCGUCAUCUGUGGUCGUAAGGAGAGCGUCUACGACAUAAACAUGUCACGUCUUGCCUGUGCUGUUUUGACGGCAUCUUACUUUCUGAUUCUUCCAAUUUACCUUGACAUUGAGCGGAAGAGCAUCUCUGGAUGUUUCAUGGGUGUUGUUAUAUUGGUGCUCUUUACGGUAGUGAUUUAUAUGAGUUCUACCGCCGAGACUGCAGCUACGCCGCAUGGAAGAGUGCCUUUUGAGGCGAUUUGCUGGGACUUAAAAGCAUCAUUCAAAGCCAGCAGUGCGGUAUUUGCUUUUUAUCUCAUUGCAGGGGUCAUUGCGAUGCUCGCUGGUUUGACGUACUUGGUUGGCAAGUGCAGCAAAAGGCCAGCAGAUAAAGUGCCUGUGCUAGGCUGGCUCUUCUUUCGUUUGCCGUGGAGGAUCUUGAGCUCAGUUUUCUUUUUCAUCUUUAUGUGGACUGCCCUUGGAAGCCUUUUUACCCUCAGGGCGGAUAUUGCGAGUGUAAAUGGUGGGGGAGUGCAGGAUUCGGAGGGCUCUUGGGGGUUUGGACAGAUUUUGGCGCUCGCGACUUGGGUUCCUGUUAUGGAAGAAGCAAUUGUUGUUCUUUUCAAGAAUGGCUUAUACGUAAGCCAGCGGCGGACAAAUAAGCAUUACGUUAGUGUUGAGGCCUCUGCUGGGACAGAAGAGGCAGAGACGUUAGUCCCUGUGCAAACACAAAGUCAGGAAAUGGAAGAUCUUAGGAAUAUGCCUUGA